UUUCAGGAAUAAUUUAUAGGCUUUCAGAAAUCAACUACUUAUGAUAUUGACAUUUCCACGUUGCUCCCAAUAAAACAUCUGAUUGCGUUUCACUCCUCAUGAAAAUGUGCGGACUAGUUGUCUGGUUUCUUGGACUUCUUACAAAUUGAACUUGAAAGAUUGAAUACUGCAACCGAUGACAUUAAUAAACUUGAAGUUGAUUUGGAUGACCAAAUUAGUAGCAAGUUUUGAAACUGGUUGUGAUUACAUUUCAUUGAGGUGAUUGCUGUAAAGUAUACGAGUAAAUGGAUAAUGGCUUCAAAGAUCAUCUUGUAGUCAUUUAUAACGUCGUCUAAAGAAACGUUCCAACGCUUGAAACUCGUGUCUAUACAGUUUAUGAUAGAAGCAAGAGCAACUUUCAGAGAACUACUGUGUGAAUCCACAUUAAAAAUUGAUACUUUAGCUAAAAAGCUUGGUACUUGUAUCGAAAAAUCCAGACCAUAUUACGAUGCCAGGUUUAAAGCGAAAGAAGCUUUGCAUGAAACACAAAAAGCUGCGAUUAGAUUUGAAAGAGCCAAUAGUCAACAUGCAGCAGCUAAAGAAAUGGUUUAUUUAGCUGAAGAAGGAUUAAGAACCGAAGGAAGAUGUUUUGACCAUGCUUGGCAGGAAAUGUUGAAUCAUGCAACAGCUAGAGUUAAUGAAUCUGAACAUGAAAGAGCUUUAUCGGAAGCAGAACACAGACAUACUACUGCUUUGUAUCAUAAAGCAGAACACGAAGUUCAAAGAUUACAACGCGAAUUAAAACGUGCAAUUGCUAAGUCUAGUAUGGGUGCACGUCGCAGCUUGCUUCUGAUAAACAGUAUCGCCUACAGACACAACUUGCUCAUGUUGCCAUAUUACGAAAUGAAAGCACAUUUUAAUCAAAUGUUGGAAGAACAAAAAUUAAGAGUAAGUGCAUUAGAAAGAUCAGUGGGAGAAGCUAAAAUGACUUAUGCCGAAGCAUUAAGGAACUUAGAAAAAAUCAGCGAUGAAAUUCAUAGGACGAGGAAAUAUGACGGAACAGAAGACUUUAGUAAAAAUUCGAGAGAUGCGGUCGAUCAACCUUCUGCACAAUCUCAUACAGCAACUCCAACGGAUUCCAGUGUUACUGGUUCACCUGAUAGUACAGAUUAUACUAGCGACGAAUAUUUACGCCUUCCUGAUAAAAUGAGUCCUAGUACACCAUGUCCUGUGCCUACAAGGAUCGACAAAGAAUCUUCUUCCGAAUAUUUGGGCCUAAGUAAUCUCAAUCUUUCUUCUACGGAACCUCGAAAGUAUAUAAAACGCGACCGUCCAAAAAGUAUUGCAGCAACUGAUACGAAACAUAUCAUAACGUUAAAUCAGACGAGUUCUUCGACGUCACGAUUGUCAGAUUUGUCGAAUAUCCUUUCUCCCAUAGAAAAGAAAGUAAAAAUACAGACGCCCGUUGAUACAAAUACCGCUAAUUCUGCCGUACACAAUGGAGAGGAAUGGACAGAGAUUAGUUUAAAUAAUUCUCCGGAUGAGAUGUAUUACAAUAACGAAGUGUACUCCGACGAAGAAGAUCAAAUUCCUUACAAACCAUUACCGAUGGAUUUAAGUCCUGAAGGUAGCAAUGUACCAGCUAAUGGUGCAAAUAUUCAGUCAUUCAGUGACGCAUCUAGUCGAAAGAAGUUGAUCACCCAAAAGUCCUUGCCUACAAUGUUGAAAGGAAACGAAGUUACUUUAAGUAACGAGAAGAAAGCAGAAGUUACGAGGAGUCCGUCAAUGAAAAGUAAAAGUAAAAUCGAUAGCAGUCUAGCAAAUUGGAUAACUCGAAGUUCAGCGGGUGGCGAAGCCAGUGGUGGCAGCUCAACAAACUCAAGUAGAAGACAGUCACUCGAUAUGUUAUGGAGCGCGGGAACUGGAGAACGCGUGAAAGAAUUAUUGAAUCAUGGAAUGAUGAUGUUGAACAUAUCUAGCCUUACGGAGCGACGCUCCAAUGAGCCAAAGACAGCAGAGAGAGAUAAGGAUAAGUCUGAAAAGUCCGAUAAAGUAGAAGGAAAAGGGAAGAAAGUUCCUAGCCCAUUGGAGAAAACAAUGACCUAUCUGAAUGCAGAUGAAGAAACAUCUGAUAGUGAAAGUUUAGCAAGCGUGGAAAUGCUAACGGAGGAUCAGAUUUCUUCGCUCAUGAUGGAACCAGAUAUGAAUCAAGUAUGUCAAGAGAUUCUAGGAACUCCUCUAGUCGAGGUGUGUCCAUUGUUACAACAGCUACAGCAACAACAAUAGCACUCCUUCUGACGAUACUGAUUUAAUUCAAUUACAAAGAUACAACAAUAGAAAGUGUUCAAAACCCAUGAUAUAAGGACGAACUAGUUUAUGCAUAGCAUUAUUUAUUAUCGAACUUAGCUAAACUUAACUCAUUAGUUCCUGCACUUUUAUUAUGCAUACAUGCUAAGAAGAAGAGAUUUACUUUUGAAUAUCGAAUCCUUGACACUUGGAAAUCAUUGUAACUAGAAACGAUUCAUGAUGUUUCAGAAUAGUUUGUACAUAUUUAAAAUUAGUAACAAGUUUUUAGUAUGAAAUUAAAAGAUUUGAUUUUAAUUAUUGACGUGCUAUAUAUAUUGUGAAUAUAUUAAAGCCUAAUGAGACUCUCAUAGAAAUCUUGAGAUUGUUACUAAAACGUUUCGAAUGUCAUUCCGUUAAAUUAAUUUAUCAAAUAUAGUAUUUAGUACGAUAUAGAAGACUAAUCACCAACAAAAGCAAUAUGUACCGAAUGUUAGGUAAAUGUCACUCAUACAAGAUAGUUUUUCUUCACGUCACUUGUAUCUUUCCUUUUCGACGACUCAACGACAUAAUACGGAGUUAACUUUUCCAUUUGUUACUACAAGAUUUAUCGAUGAAAAGAUCCUUUGUCUUUCUGUGUUAAGAGUACAACUAUAUAAGCAAUUCGUUUUUUAUAUUGUCAAACGUGCAAGAGCAACGCCAGUCGAAUAUUAAGUAGUAUAGCAAUUAUAAUCUUGGUAAUGUUAUAAUAUCAUCUUCUUCGAACUGCUAAGUAGUGUUUGUUUAGAUAGGACAACAUGAUUCUAAAUAGAAAAUUGGCAGCUACGACGAGCAUGCUGUUCCACGUACCAAGCUUUAAUAUAAUUGCUAAUUGUACUAGUGUUCAUCGACUAAGCUUAACAAAAUAUUUUCGGUGAAUCUUUCCUCGACUUUGAUGAUGAGAUACGUAGAUAAUAGUUAUCAAUUAAGUACCUUCUAGUUGUCAGAAUAUGUAUCUACAUCAUAAUUAAUAUAUUUGAAUAAUUCUCAUAUAUGGACUUGGACAAUUCAACAGACUCAAGCAAUUAUUCUGUGACAGUUUAAUGAUAGCUUGGACAGAAUGCUCAAAACAUGAGUUGAGACUUAAUUCUUAUCGUUUUAAUCACUGUGCAAUAUAAAAUGCGUUAAUAGUUUUAAGUAGAGUUGGAUUGUCUAAUUACAUUGACAAAAUAGUCCAAACAAAGAAUGCAUGCGAUAUGCCAUUUAAAAAGAGUAAUAUAUAAAAAAUGUGUAUAUAUACAUAUAUGCAGAUAUUAUUUAUUUUUAUCGCAUAAUUUUAUGUACACAAUAUUUGUUAAUAUAUUAAAUAAGUCAUCAACAAAUUUUUCUAUGAGCAAUUCACGAGUCGAAUAAACAAAUGGCCUUCCCAUUAUAAGAAGAAAACUAUACCAAAGAUAAAUAAAAAUAUUUAAUAGCCAUUUGAACAAAUGAUUUCUUUUUUAGUUUAUAAGGCAUAAAUAGUGUGAUAACACAUGGUUGUUAAUUAUUAAUAUCUUCUAUAUGAGUUGUUAUACUUUCUUCCUUAUAUUUAUUUUGAAAUUUUGACAUCCAUCUUUGUGUAUAUACAUAUUAUACAUAUAUUGUUAAAAAAUUUGGAACUUUUAAUGAAACAAAUUUGUUUUUAAACGAUUACUUUUAUACUUCCCUACUUCCUUUAUUUUCUUUACAAAAACCAAGAAUAAUUAAAUUAUUACUCUCAGCUCCAUUGUGAUACAUUAGUCACAGUUAUGUAAUUUUAUAUAUAUCAGAGGAUUGAACAAAUCGAACGAAAUUAAUCAACGUCAUGUUGAAAUUUAAAGCUAUUGUCAUAAACAUUACAAAUAUAAUCAUACCAUUACAUUUGACGCGAGUUGUCAGCGGCCGUGCUCCUAAAUAUUUUACUAGAUAUUUUCUUGGCAAAAAUUAAUGAAAACAAAGUUAUAUAUAAUGCGAGCGCAUAAUUAUUAAUAAUGAUUGUAAAUAAUAUGAUAUUGUAUAUGUGACUGUAACUAUGUAUAUAGUGUCAUCUUCAUUAAAAUACGGUUGCAAAAGUAAAUACACAAAUACAGUUACUCAGUACCUUUCAAAUUUCCCUCCCUUAUUAUUCAACAAUGCACUUUUCUAUUUUUUUUUGUAAAUGGGAUCUAUCAAACAUAAAAUGUUAC